AUGCAUUGCCUCUUUUACCUCGCCGGAAUUUCCCUCCGUAUUGCUUCACCAGAGCAGGCCGCAUCUUCCUUUAGCGCUGUCAUGCCCAAGCAAUGGUGGGACUUGAUGAGGAAUGCAUGGCAUAUCUUCUAUUUUUUCAUUCCCAAGGGAAUGGAUGAUCGUAUUGGGAGGCUUUCAGAUCGUGUCGUGGACAUGCGGUACCCGCUACCAAAUCCUUCGAAGGAUAAUCUCGAGGAGGUAGAUGAUGAUCUUAUUGAGAGCAUUCCAGCUCUUGUCGUGGGGCACGAAGUGGCACAUGCCACCAGAUGCUUCGAAGAAUGA